GAGGUACACCCGUAUUAUUAUUAAAAAUAAAAUAAAAUAAAAUAAAAGGAAGAGAGAGAUUGAGCCGUAUCCAUCUCAAUGCUAUGCGCAAGCAUCCAUUCCGAAUCUUAAAGCACCCAAUAAACCCCUCGUCACGCGCCCCGUCCACGCUCGCCCCCGCGAUCCGAUCCUUGUGCGGCGGCGGCGGCGCCGCCGUCGAGGCCGGAGCCCACGCCCGCGCCCUUAAACUCGGCGGCGCCGCGGCCGCCGCGCCGCGCGUCCGAAACGCGCUUCUGAACUCCUACGUCCGGCGCGGCGCCCUCGACCUCGCCCAGAAGCUGUUCGACGAAAUGCCCGUGAGAGCGCCCGCGGAUUGGAACUCGAUCCUCUCCGGGUACUGGAAAUUGGGCCGCAAAGAGAAGGCCCUCGAACUGUUCGAUGCCAUGCCCGUGAGGAAUUUGAUCUCUUGGACCAUUAUGGUCACUGGGUUCUCGCGUUUUGGAGAAGUCGAAGAAGCUCGGAAGGUGUUCGAUGCAAUGCCGGAGAGAAAUGUUGUCUCGUGGAACGCGAUGUUAUCGGGGUAUGCGCAGAACGGGGUGAUAGAACAAGCAUUGGGUUUGUUUUGUUUAUUAAUGGACAGAUCGGAGGUAGCGCCAAACGAAACUACUUGGGUUACUGUUUUAUCGGCUUGCUCUAUGAGGGGUGAUAUUCGGUUUGCAGAAUCCGUUUUAGGGGCCCUUUUGAAGAGGCAACUGCAUGUUAAUUGCUUUGUAAAGACGGCUUUGAUCGAUAUGUUCGCGAAUUGUGGGAGUUUGGAGACUGGAAGGAAGGUGUUCGCUGAAAUGGGCGAUCCAAAUUUGGCGUCAUGCAAUGCUAUGAUCGCCGCAUAUAUGAGGGAGGGCGAUGUUACAGCUGCGAGGGAGAUCUUUGAUGGGAUGAAGGUGAAAGAUGUGAUCUCGUGGAACUCGAUGAUUUCAGGGUAUGCGCGGAAUGGACAAUGGAGUGUAGCAAUUGAGCUAUUCAAAGAGAUGGUUUCUGUAGAAGGAUUAAGACCUGAUGAAAUAACGAUUUCGAGUGUCCUUUCGGCAUGCGGGCAUUUGGGUAUUCUUCAUUUUGGGAAAUGGGUGGUCGAUUAUGCGAAAGAAAACAAGACUAGGUUAAGUAUUUCAGGAUAUAAUGCUCUGAUCUUUAUGUACUCGAGAUGUGGGGUUAUUGAAGAUGCUAAGCGGGUGUUUGAUGAAAUGACAAAAAGAGAUGUAUUUUCGUAUAAUUCGAUGAUUUCUGGGUUAGCGGCUAAUGGAAAUGGCCUUGAAGCUAUUGAAUUGAUGCGCGCAAUGGAGGAAGAAUGUAUUGAACCAGAUAGUGUAACGUAUCUUGGCGUCUUGACUGCUUGUAGCCAUGGAGGAUUACCGGAGGAAGGUCGCCGAGUGUUCAAUGCAAUUGAAAACCCCAACGUCGAUCAUUAUGCUUGUAAAGUCGAUUUGCUAUGCCGAGCAGGGCGAUUAGAUGAAGCAAGAAAAGUGGUCGACGAAAUGCCAAUGAAGCCGCAUGCAGGACUCUAUGGUGCACUCCUUAACGCAGGCCGGAAAUAUAGAAAUGUCAACUUAGGCGAAUUUGCGGCAAAAGAGCUCUUCAAACUCGAACCGGAGAAUUCGGGCAACUACGUGUUGCUCUCGAACAUCUAUGCUUCACUAGGAAGAUGGAAAGAUGUGGAUAAUAUUAGAAGAAAUAUGAUUGCAAGAGGUGUGAAUAAGAUGGUAGGGUGUAGUUGGGUGGAAUUCAAUCAUGUAGUGCAUCGGUUUGUAGUCGGUGAUCGAUCACAUCACUUGUCAGAAGAGAUAUAUAAGGUAUUGCAGAAGCUUGAGAGGAAGAUAAGAGCAAUGGGUUAUAUCCCUGAUAAGAGCUGUGUAUUGAAGGAUGUAGAUGCGGAGGAAAAGGAAGAGAUGGUGGGGACUCAUAGCGAGAAACUAACCGUCGCAUUCGGGUUGCUUGUUUUCGACACGGGACAAGUGAUUAGGGUUGUGAAGAACCUAAGGAUAUGCGAUGAUUGUCACACUUUUAUAAAGAUGAUUUCAAAGAUCGAGGGGAGGGAGAUUGUGGUGAGGGAUAACAAUAGGUUUCAUCAAUUUAGCGAUGGGAGUUGCUCCUGCAAGGAUUACUGGUGAAGAGCCUGUUUGACACUACUAGAGUGAAGCUGUUUGAAAAAGCACUGAACAAUCUUUUCCAAUCGUUUCCAAUUAAUGCCGCUCAUAACACUUAAUCUAACCUGAAGCAUGCAAAAAUAAUGCAAAAAAAAACUUAAUAUUUUACACAGCUUACCUACCUUGUCACACAUUGCAUCAAAAUGAUGGCCUGGA